GCCAAGUAUGAGCGAGAGAAGCCCCGAGCUAGAAGACAUCCGAAAGCAGAGCGUAGAGGACGCGCUUCGCGAAUCCCAUGGGCGAGAGACCAAAGCGCUCGACUCAGCCCAAGGCUCCAAGAGGUCGCAGCUCCUGUCUCGGCAGCAGCAUGAGAUGGACUACCUCAAGGCGUACCACCAGAAGAAGCAGUCACUGCUCGCCCAAGUGCAGAAAGGCGAGGAUGCAGCGCUCGCGCUCGAGCAAGAAGAGCGCACGAAGGAGACGUUGCGCUUUGACGACAACGAUUGGCACGCGCUCCAGAUCAAGCACUGCGAUGAGCUCGAGGUGCUUCGCGCGCGCCACGCUGACGAGAAGAAACGCUUCCUCGAAGCCAAUGCGGCCGAAAUCACGGAGCAGCUCGCGAAGCAUUCGCCGGCGCAGGACCAGCUCGACGACCGCAUGCAGUACGACGAGAAGUGCCUGUUGUCACAGCACCAGCGCAACAAAACACACCUCUCGGAGAAGCACGCAUUUCAGAAUGAGUACGCGCUCAAUCGCCACGCCCGCGCCCGCGCGGCGUUGAAGCUCAAGCACAAGCAAGAGCAAGCGGCGUUUGAGAAGCUCGAGGAAGAAGAGGCGAUGAUCGUCGCCCGCAUGCAGCUCCAGCAACGCGAAAUGCAUGAAGCCGCGCACCGCGGCGCGAUGGAAGCCCUCGACGAGAAGCAAGCCGAUGAAAUGGCGCGGGCCAAGGCCGCCAGUGAUGUGCACGAAUUCGUUGACCAAGUGUACCCUGGCAAAACCAAGCUUCCCCGCUGGGCAUAAAUCUGUAAGCGACCCUGUACGGACA